AGGACUAAAGCUUAUGGUGCGGAAACUGAAAGCGCGUCAAGAUAAAAAGUCUAUGGAGGGUGCCGUCCAAGUUCAAACUCUCUCUCUCUGUUGUCUGUAUAUUAUAUUGUCUCGAUCAAGGAGUGGGCGGCAGAUUGAUUCGACUCGAGGAACCAAGUUGAAUUGAUGUUUCUGGGUUGCUCCAUUCCAUGGUUUCCAACUCCUAAAACGAACUAGAUUCAACAUAUGUGCGAUAUUAUCUCCGAUAUCCUUGAAUUCAAGAUCAACGAGUGCUGAUCAUCGUCACCAUACCAGACUGAGAGAUGAGUUGCUUUUCAUGCUCUUCGUCCCGUGAGAAGGAGGCAGCUUCCAAUAGCGCGGCUCCACCACGGACCGAGACUAAUGAGCCGAGACCGCUAAUUGAGACCGCACCGGAGAAGGACACUCCUCCUAAAGAAGCAGGCGGCAACAACAACGUUGCGGUGCAAACAUUCACCUUCCAAGAACUGGCCACGGCCACGGAGAACUUUAGGCAGGAAUGCCUAAUCGGGGUAGGCGGGUUUGGGAGAAUUUAUAAGGGAAGGCUCGACAAAACCGGGCAGGUCGUGGCUGUGAAACAACUCGACCGGAACGGCUUGCAAGGGAACAGAGAGUUCCUUGUGGAGGUGUUGAUGCUGAGCACUUUGCACUAUGAGAACUUGGUGGAUCUCGUCGGCUAUUGCGCCGAGGGCGAGCAGAGGCUUUUGGUUUUCGAGUACAUGCCGCACGGUUCCUUGGAAGACCAUCUGCUCGUUCUUGGGCCAAACCAAAAGCCAUUAGAUUGGUUCACAAGAAUGAAGAUAGCUCUAGGAGUGGCUAAGGGCUUGGAGUAUCUGCACGACAAGGCAAAACCCCCGGUCAUCUACCGUAAUUUGAAGCCCUCCAACAUUCUUCUGGACAGCCAGUUCAACGCGAAGCUCUCCGAUUUCGGGCUGGCCAAGCUUGGUCCAGUGGGGGACAAACAGCACGUGUCUACGAGAGUGGUGGGUACUUACGGCUACUGCGCCCCGGAGUAUCAGAGCACGGGCCAGCUUUCUGUGAAGUCGGAUGUGUACAGCUUCGGCAUUGUCCUCUUGGAGUUGAUCACCGGAAGGAGAGCCAUCGACAUCACCCGGCCCACAGAAGAGCAAAAUCUAGUCACUUGGGCACAACCCGUUUUUAAGGACCCUCGCAGAUACCCAGAAUUGGCGGAUCCGCUCCUAAACAGUGACUUUCCCUUGAGAGGCCUGAACCAGGCAGUUGCAGUGGCUGCGAUGUGCCUCAACGAAGAAGUGGCGGUCCGGCCCUUAAUGACCGACGUCGUGACUGCGUUGAGCUAUCUCUGGUUAGGCCCCGGAGCAGGAACCGUAACGGCCCACACCCAAUAUCCUCAGUCUGAUCACAACGUGAUGGGCGGAGAUGGGACAAACCAGGCAGAGGACGCCACCGGCACGGCGGAGCACGAGCCCGCAGUUGCGGAAGCGAUCGAAUGGGGCUCCAACUCACAGUGCAAGGCGAGCUCGCUUGGCGGCAGUGUUUCUUCAUUGUAAAACUUUUUUCUACAUACACUGCUGUGAAUACCGGCAGUUUCUCCAUCUGGGGGUUUCAUUAUAUCUUCAUGGCUUGCAGUGAAAAAUCUCCAGGAACAUGGUUCUCUUUCUCAUGUUUAAAGAUUAAAGCAGGAUCUUCGGAAUUUCAUGUAUGCAGAGAUGCGCUUACAGAUAUCUGCAGAUGCAUCUAGGAGGACACCAAACUAUGAACGUUCGUCCUAGAAUUUAUAGUUUAAGUCAUUACCUUGUCUGUAUUCAUUAUAUUGGUAUAUUACUUAUAAGUCGUGACAUAAAUUAGAUAUA